GCCACCAAUGAAACAACAGAAGAAGACGUCAUCGCGCAGAGUGCUUAAAAGCGGAAGGCUCCUCCUUCGCUCCCGCAUUCGAUCUGCAGCCCCAAUAUCAGCUCCUGGGUUCCUGCCAGUUAAAGCUACACUACAUUGAAGAUGUCGGACGAGGGGAAAUUGUUUAUCGGAGGACUGAGCUUUGAGACCAAUGAGGAGUCUCUGGCCGCGGCCUUUGGGAAAUAUGGAAACAUCGAAAAAGUUGAUGUGAUCAGAGACAAAGAGUCGGGGAAAUCUCGCGGUUUUGGCUUUGUGAAAUAUGACAACUGUGAAGAUGCUAAAGAUGCACUGGAAGGCAUGAACGGAAAGACCCUAGAUGGCCGGUCUAUUCGCGUGGAUGAAGCAGGGAAGGGUGGCCGCUCCAGAGGAGGUUUCAGCUCAGGCCCAAGAGGAGGACGAGGUGGAUUCGGCGGGCGUGGGAGAGGUGGACGAGGUUACUCCAGAGGAGGUGGCGGAUACAAUGGAGACCGGGGCUAUGGGGACAGGAGUUACAGUGACCGAAGCUUCAAUAACGAGGGCAGGUUUGGCGGCGGCGGUGGUGGCGGUGGCAGCCAGUACAGGAGUAGUGGAGGCGGAUACUCGAGCUACAGGGACAACAGGGGUCAGGGUGGAUAUGGUGACCGCUCUGGAUCCUACCGCGAUCACUACGACAGCUACACUGCACAAGAGUAAACAUCUCCCUGAUUCAAGAUCAUCACUUGGCUGGCUGUAUUUCAAAGAUGCGCUCCUCAAGAAAAAUGUCCACGUGUUAUUGCUGACCUUAGUUUUGUAGUUCUGUUGUAGUAGCUCAAGCAUCUUAAAAAAAAAAAAAAAAUGUAGCCAUGAGUUUUGGUCAUUCCAUAACAAACCAUGUUACAAAUUACAGUUCAAGACUCAUACCCUGCUUGAUUGGGCAUCUUAAUUCCUCAAAGGUCGUUGGCUAAAAGGCAUCUGUGUAAUCUAAUUAGUACGGUCCCAUUUUUUUGGGGACUGAACGGCUCAUUACAUGGCUUUUUGUUGAAACUACCAUCGCUGUAGACUUUUUGUCCAGCACUAAAGUGUUUCCUGAUUUGAUUCCAUUUAGCUUUUAUUUUAUAUUGAAAUAGCCAAUGGGGUUUUUUUAUUUAUAUUUUUAUUUCCCCUCUCAAUCUCUGUUGCUGACCUACCUCUUGCCAGGUUAUAAACUGAGUGAGGAAAGAAAUCAAAUUUCUCAAAGACGGACUUUUGGGGGAUUUUAUGCUAAAUUCCUUUUACUAUUAAAAACUUAGUAUAGCUGAGGUUCCUGUGUGUUCAAUUUCCCAAAAUAGUGAAUUCCUUUCAGACAGGUGAACAACACAUCCGAAGUGGCUGGCUGUUCAUGAAGUUGCGAAUUGCAGCAUGCUACAGUCUGUCCAAGGUAUCUUCUGUGCUCUGCAUUUUAAAUGUGCUGUAAAAUGGACUAAUCUUGUUUAAGUGAUCGAAAAAUGUAACUACGUUUCCCCAAAGUAAUAUCUUAACCGGGAACAGUUUUGUACUUUAUGUUCUUUGUAUGAUCAACAUUUUUUUUCUUUGUCAGUUGGCUUCAUGGAGCCUAUUAAACAGACUGUGGAAAAUAA